AUGUCUUCAAGGGUUAGAGUGAAUAACGGCGAUUGGGUUUGCCCGGACAAAAGGUAAAUUUCAUUUAUUAUACUUCAUUUAUUACCAUUCUUUUGUAAUCUCGUUAUUUUGGUGUUAUACAGGUGCGGAAACGUCAAUUUUGCGCGGCGCACAUCUUGUAAUCGAUGCGGGAGAGGUACGUGGUUUUGCAGGUCUUUGAUUUCUUUCGCCACUUUGUGUUUUUCGAGUGAGUCUAUUAAAUUCGGGCAGUAAAGUUGGUUUAUGUUACAGGAAUAUAAUUUUUAGUUUCUAAUUUAUAGGGAUUAAUCUUUAAUCAAGGGACGAUUUGCCUGGGGUUUCUUCUAGUAAUCUGAUCUCCCAACUUUAAUCUUAAAUCAAUACCACCUACUGCAGCACUGUAUUCUAGCUUAUGUACUGACAAGAGCGGCUCUUGGUAUUGAACACUGAAAUGAACAAAGAAUAAUUUACCGAUGAAAUAUAUUAACGUUAAUUCGCACCUUUGCAUAUCGUUGAUUUGAAAUUAGCCAUUUUUGCACUUCUUAUUAAAAGCUUAAUAUUUUUAUUAAAUUAUAUUAUUGACGUUGAAAUUGCCUUGGAAAAAAAUUUGAUCUCUCAAAUAUUUCAUUCAUAUGGUUUAAAAUUCUGUCUGGAGAAUUUGUUGACCAAAAAAAAUUAAUAAAUAAAAAAGAGGCCUCUUCCAAUCACAGACAAACAAACAAACAAUAGACAAACAAGCACCUCAGCUGAAUUCUUCAAAAAUUGUUCAUGAUUACACCCAUCUUUAUGGUAGGCAAGCUGAGAAAAUCAAAACAUUUUUUUCAUUAAUACAAAAUGUAGUAAAAUAGUCUUAUUUUUUAACAGAUAAGGCAAGCAAAGAUUCAGUCAAGUUCACUGGUACACAAAUAGGAAAGCAAGCUGCCGCAAAGAGUAAAGGAUUGUUCAGUGCUGAAGACUGGAUGUGUUCAAAGUGUGUAUCUUGAACUUAUAAUGUAGUAAUGUUUGCAUGCAGUUCAUCCUUUGAGUCCAGCAGAUCCUUAUGGCUGUUAUGUAUAACAGUUUCAGUAGCAUGAGGAGUUUCACAACUUUCCCCCCGGGGGGUACUGCCAUAUUUGGGCUAUAUAGGUAUGUGCGGCUGUGAAGGGUAUGGUUUUCAGGCAGUUUACUCUAGGAUAGGGUAUAUAAAUUAGAGCGUUGGUCUAGAAUUGGGUAUCAUUUUCAGGAAAUGGAUCAGUUGGUUGAAGAUUUUAAGGUACAAGAUUUUGUUUUAGCUAGACUGUGCUAGGGACCUCAGUAGUUUCUGGAAAACAGCCACUCUAGGAUAGGGGGGAUUUGGGGAGUUUACUCUAGUAUAGGGUAGCAAAAUUCAGCUGAACUAGCUUUGAUAUAGGUUAAGGGUUCCAGGGUCCCAGUGGCAAAUCCCCACCCAGAAAUUCCUUAAGUACCCCCCGCCCUGGGAACUUUCCCUUUCCCCAGUUAUUCAAAAGUUCAAUAAUGCCGCUAUCCACUACCCAGUGCCACAGAGGAAACUAAGCCACCAGUUAAGUCUGUCUGCAGCCAGCCCUAAAAUCCUUGUUCUGUCAUUCUGUGUCCCCCUUCUGUGUACCAGGAUUAGAGUAUGCACCAUUGUUGGCUUGUUAAAGAUGCCUUUGUUGAUUUGCCAGUCAGGUUAAAGGGAAAUUCGAAAAGUACUUGCAUUAAUCCAUUGAGUCCGUUGGGGACCCAGAAAAAGGAUCUUGUGAGUGCUUUGCAGAUGUGUUUAGUCACAAGUUUACUUUCCUGGAUUCUUCCUCUGGAAGAAAAUCUGCUUCCCCUAGACAACUAGUGGGACUUUUUUCUUUUCAAGCUCUGUAGUUGUCACCAGUACCUAUGUGCGUAGAGCUGGGCAAUGUGGGGCAGUUUGUUGUCCAAGGGAAUAAUGUGAUGACCUUUUUAUUUGCAGAUGCGGCAAUGUAAACUGGGCACGCAGGUCUGAUUGUAACAUGUGUGGACAGCCCAAAUAUUCAAAAGUGGAAUCCAGAACUGGUGAGGUUUCUAAAACUCUUUUAAAGUUUCUUUUAGGAAAAAGACUUGGUAACAGAAAACACAAUUAGCUUGGAAAAGGUACUACGCAUAAACUUUUUGGUGGGUGUGUGCUGCCUAGACUUUGGAACCCUUCAACUAUUAUUGCAUUUUUAAAGGUGCUGACUCUUUUCUCAGCCACCCAAAAACAGUCAAAACAGUUUGUGUUGAAGUGAAAGAUUUCUGGAGUGGGUGAAAUGAGUUUCUCAAUAUCUUCUUCAUCUUUAUCAUAUCUUCGUUCUUGGUUUGUAGGUUAUGGCGGUGGCUUUAAUGAGCGAGAAGGAGUUGAAUAUAUUCAACGGCAAGAUUCUGAUGAUGAGUUUGAUGAGGUAAGCCUUGAUUUGGGUUAAACCUUUUAAAGGUUUUCUUAUAGGUGCUUGCAGAAAUUAAUGUUGUAGUCUCAUGGCUAGGAAUUUCCUAGAAACUGACAGUAUUUUAACUUGGGGAAUGGUUUUUCUAGUUCCUUUCUUUGUUGGGAGAGGUUAUACAGUGUUACGCAGGUAAUCUUUUAGAUGAUGGGUAGCUUGCAAACCAAACUGAACGCAGGGUUGUUGGAACAGGAACAAGAAGAUUUAUUCCAAAAUGAAUGAAGUUUCCACUGAGUAAAACUCCACAACAGCACUUAACUCGUUAAAUGUACAUGGCCUCCGACAACUUCAAUUAACUUGAUAAACUCACACGGCCUCCGCCAACUUGAAUAAACACUGCUUUCGUCACACUUGACUAAACACGACUAACGUCGAACUCUCCUCGCUUGUGAAAACUAGUUAAAACUUAACUCAACUGGCCUACUUAUAUACUUUUACAAUAAAGUUCUAGAACAAAUUCUAAAUAGUCUAAUUAUAGAAAGAUUACAAAAUGUACCGCUCUAGACACACUUAUGCAAGAUCCUAAAAUAAACAAACUAUGAACUCUCGCGAACCUUCUAGAAAGUCACGCUAGUCACGCAAUACAAUUUUUUGUAACAUACAGUAAUGUAAAAAGGGCUAAAGCCACAUUUGAAUGUAAUACCUUAAGUCCAGCUCAUUCUUAUGGCCACUUUUUCUUUGGCCACCGGGCAAAAACAACCAUACAUUUUCUUGUAAAUAAACCCUCGUUAAUACGGUCACCUUGUUAUUGCAGCCAAUUUUUCUGGCCCAUUUGUGACUGUAUUAACGGGUUCCACUGUACUUGUAAGGCAGAAUUAGUAGUGAUAAAAUGGUACCAAAUUCAUUUACUUUUAACACACUUCUUGGUGAAGAACUUGAAAAGUCUAGACGAAGUUUUUGAAGAUCCCUAGUUGGAAAAGUAUACCAUUUUAAGGUUGAAAUGCACAGUUACAUGGUUAUUUCUCUGCCUUUGAGCAAUGUUUCUAACUGUUGGCAUGAAAGACAACGGUUUAAUAAAAUGAUGAAUCAAAUUUGUUUGUUAUUUUUGUUUGUGAAUUAUAGUUUGGAAGAAAAAAGAAAAGGAAACAAGGAGAGUCACAGCCAGUUCCACAGCAGGUAUUGUAGUAAACCUUUAAACCCUAGUAUCAGCAUGCAUAUUCUCCGUACUGUUCUCUGUACAUUUCUCAUGGUACUGGUGAUGAGAAUUUGUUGAACAAACCAGGUUUCAUUUCCAUUUUUCUCAUGACCUUUAUGUUUGACUGAGCAGUGUCGCUGUAAGAACAAUAUUGUUGAGCAUCCUUAAGGAUAAAUCUUGGAACUUUCCAGUGCAAUGAAGCAAGCACCAAAGUGGGGAGUGUUUCUAAUUUUUUUUUGUCACCAAUUUCCUCAGGGCAGUUAUUAUUGGGCUGCCUGUGAGGGCAACACCCAAUUAAGAAAUAAGAAGCAAAUUCUUUUUAUGUCAAAAAUGACAGACAUAAAUCCCAGAAGGCUUUGCAUGUCCCAUUCCUCCUUCAAUGGGGCUGAUUUUAUGGGGAGGAGACAGGUCAUUUCAGGUCAUCUGGCGAACAGAUUUGGAAGUGGAUUUAGAUCAAACGCAAAAUUAUUGCAUGGAGUCAUUGACCCUAUGUCUGUGCCAAAUGAUUAUCUAAAUACAGUAUUCGAUGAUGUUGUUAGCCUGUGCAGGAGCUGCAGAAAAAAUGCCCUCCCAUGGUCCCCACAGGAAAAGCUUUAACUUGUUGCAAAUAUUCUCUCCCUGUGUGUAAAAAGUUUUUCCAUACAAGAAAGGAAUAUGCAAUUUGUAGGUUGCCCCAUCAAAUAGAAACAUAUUCACUCGAAUUGUUAGAAGGGCUUUUAAUGCAAUAUCCGACAGAAAUAAAACUAAAACUCAAUUUGCUUUGCGACUUUAGAGGAAACAGAAAAAUUGCUUCCAAGAUUGACCCUGUCACUCUUUAUAAGCAUAGAACAACAAUAAUUUUUUUGGAAUUUCCGGUUACAUCAGAUUAGGCACGUUAAUACUGUGAUGCUAUAUAAUAUUUUGGAGGGCAGAGGGAUCAGGGAAGGGGAUGAGUUGUGGAAAUGUCCCUGCAUGCAACAAAACUCUUGCUCGUGUUUUAAUUUUCAAGAGCGCUAAAACAUCACAAAUUUUGUUAUAGUUAUGAUUAAUUGGUAAUAGAACUUUGUUUUAUCCAAUUUUGUCUGUAAUCAUACUCUUGAUUAAACAAUUAUCACUCCUAUGAUUACAGACCAAAUUGGACUCCACUCAGUUCUAUUACCAUUAUAAAUAUUGGCUUGCAGUUUUUUAAGAUCGUGCACUGAUUUCAUUUACAGAAAGUGACAAAUGCCCCUCCUGCAGUAGAAGAGGAAGAUGAUGAUGAUGAUGACGAUGAUGAUGAAGGAGGUGACCUGUCAAAGUACAACCUUGAUGAUGAGGUAUAAUUCAACAAAAACUUUCAAACCUCUGUACUUAUUUCAACAGCGUCAUGAUGUAAUGUUCAUUAUUUUUCUUUCCUCACUUUCUUGCUGAUUUUCACUCCAGAAACUUAACAAUAAGCCAUUAUUUUCCGAGUUCCAAAAACUUUCGCUUUCAAAAUAAGGCUCCUGCAAAACCUUGCCUGUGAAAUGAGUUUUAUUUUCAUUAGAAUAAAAAAUCAUUUCAUUUUUAAUGGUUUUGCUCUUUUUCUUGCUUUGAAACAGAGGCUUUAUACAACUCGGAAAUAUAAUACUAUUCCAUCGCUUUUGUUGAACUUUUGAGACUUCCCAGUAAUCCCCUUAUAACUGUACUUUGAGUUAAUUGUGCUGUUUUUUAACAUCAUAGGAUGAAGAAGAUGACGAAGAUGGUGACUUGUCAAAGUAUCAACUUGAUGAUGACUCAGACACUGAACCCAAGGAUAAGGGCCGGUAAUCUUCUCCCCCUGUCUGCCCUUCACCUCUCAGGUGGGGCCAGGCUCAUAAGAUCAAACCCUUUCACUAUAUGUGUUGUUUAUCUCCUAGUUGCUAUUAAUUUUUUCCAAAUUUCUACAUGUUCAUUUUGGGGUGCAAUUUUGUGCUUGUUGCAAAUUUUAUUUUCCCUUGUUUUUGGGUAUGGUAAUGUUGUUAUUCAUUGUAUCAAGUGGAAAAAUAAAGUUUGCACCAAGGAUAAUUCUCUCUAAGCUGGACACCGUUGUGAGCAGUUUGAUUCAAACUGUCCAACUUAGAGAUGUGUCCCUGUAUAAUAUAGGAGAUAGUUGUAGUCAAGUACAGUCUGUUUACUUAUCUGUCCAGUAGCUUUUAGCUUCAAACCGGUUUCUAUUUCCAAUAAUGCCAUCUCGUAGUAGUAUGAUUCAUCAGUCAGAGAGGUGAAGGUUUGAAGGUUUAACUUCUUUCUACUUUCUCAGUGGGGCAAAGGAGGUGGUGAUUUGUAGCUGGAGGGGGCGGUGGUGAUAUUAAUUUUUAUGGAGGGACUGACCAUUAUUGGUGGGGGAAGGAAGUUUCCUUACUGAUCACUCUUAAUGGUGGGAGGCAGGGUUUGGUUCAUGCACACCUGAUGCAGGCGUAUUAAAUUAAGUCUUGUGCUGUCCAUUUUGCUGAAGUUGCAGUUCAUUGGUAGUCCCUAGUUCAAUUCCUUUACUCUGCUAUGCAUGUUUGAGAGUUGGUCUUUGCACUUUUCUUGAAACACUAGAAACUUGAUUUUCAAGUUAUUUAUUGGUUCCCUUUUUCAGCAACUCCCGGUCGAGGUCAGGUUCCCCGCCCAGCAAGAAAAAACGACGCAGCGGCAGUAGUUCAUCAUCAUCAUCUUCAUCAAGAUCAAGAAGCCGCUCCUCUCGCUCACGCAGCCGGUCAAGGUCUCGUUCUAAGAGUUCCAGUUCUUCUUCCAGAUCUAGAUCAAAGUCUAAAUCGCGGUCCCGAUCAAGUUCUCCCAAACCAUCAGGUCCAGGGGAAAGAAGGUUUGGUUUUUGUGUUAUGAUGAGAUGACCUUUUUUGUUUUAAUUUCAGAUGACAAGUUCUCGGCAGAGGCAUUUAUGAAGAAUUCUUCUCAUUAAUCAUCCUACAAUUUUUUUUCUAUACGUAUGAAGGAUUUUCUGAAUGAUAGUACAGUAAUGAAGUAACAAUUUGUUUCAUGCAAAAGUCCCCAUUCUUUGGAGAUAUUUUCCCAGGCUUCACCCAUUAUUUUUCAACUGUUUAAGGUUGGUUUGGAAAGUAAUAAUAUCAAGCAUGAGACGCAGUGUUUCAUCACCAAGUGAAACACCAGGAAGAGAGUUAAAAUACGAUGCACAGCUGAGUAUUUUUGACUUGCCUUUAUCAAAGUGACUGUUUCAUCUGGUGAUAAGACACAUUGUUUCAAAUGCUUGAUAUUACUUCUCAAACAAAAUGAUUUUAGAAGGAGAUAUUAAGGAUGCAAAAGUGAGUAGGUUUUCAUCAAUUUUUACAGCCUGCCAUUCAGGGACGCUGUAGCUAGCGUGUGCUAGCCCACAAGUCAUUUCAACAAGCCCCAAAAGUUGUCCAAAACCCUUUUUGAUUAGCAGGAUUAAUUACAAUCCUUCUGUAAUUUGAACUUACCCAAAAAACAGCACUUGCCCGUCUGGCAAGUUAAGAACAAAAAUCACUAGCCCAACAGCAAAAUCCGCUAGCCCAGUGCUAUCACACAGGACUUUCUUUGCACGCUGCAAACACUCAUUAAACAUUAAUUUCUUUUGUAUUUUCUUCAUGAAUUAUUAAUAAGUUUGAGAAGCUUGUGUUCAACAAUGUUGCUAUCUGUUUGGUUGGUCUUGAUAUACUCUGAUUUUGACUGACAGAGUAAGUAACCCUGGGGUUAUAUCGGACCAUUAUUCAGUUGCAUUUCGAAACCCUUGCCUAUUCUAGGCUAGGCACCAAAAAUCACUUUCUUAACCAAGAUUAACUAAGUUAACAGGAAUCCUAAUGAUUCGUGUUAACAGUGAUCAGUGUUUCUUGAUGAUACUGUAUUGUAGACAAAAAUCCUCUGAUUUCUCUACUCUAUUCGGUACUAAACCACACCCUAUUUUGCCUUGCAUAUCUAUAUACAGUGGAAUCUCGAUAAAUUAUUAUAAUGAAGUGCCAGGGACUGGCAAAAUUUGUUCCCUUCAAAGGGGUUUUGUUAUAUCGAGGUACUUGUACAUAUAUUUUACUAUUA